CCCGGCCGCCCCGCCCCCGGGACCAUAACCGGUCUCCACCGCCGCAGCCACGGACUGAGUGCCCAGUGCUGGAGGCUCGGACCCGAGGCCGACGCUGGGCGCCCCGCCUCCUGCCCACUAUGGCCGUCCCCCGUGCCCCCAGCCCUUUGGCGGCCGCCGCACCAGCGACCGGAAAAGCCAAGCUGACGCACCCCGGGAAGGCGAUCCUGGCAGGCGGCCUGGCGGGUGGCAUCGAGAUCUGUAUCACAUUCCCGACUGAGUACGUGAAAACUCAGCUGCAGCUGGACGAGCGCUCGAAUCCGCCGCGGUAUAAGGGUAUUGGGGACUGCGUGCGGCAGACGGUUCGCAGCCAUGGCGUCCUGGGCCUGUACCGUGGCCUCAGCUCCCUGCUCUAUGGCUCUAUCCCCAAGGCAGCUGUCAGGUUUGGAAUGUUUGAGUUCCUCAGCAACCACAUGCGUGAUGCCCAAGGACGGCUGGAUAGCACUAGGGGGCUGCUGUGCGGCCUGGGUGCAGGUGUGGCUGAGGCCGUGGUGGUCGUGUGCCCCAUGGAGACCAUCAAGGUGAAGUUCAUCCACGACCAGACUUCUGCCAGCCCCAAGUACAGAGGAUUCUUCCAUGGGGUUAGGGAGAUUGUACGGGAGCAAGGGCUGAAGGGGACAUACCAGGGUCUCACAGCCACUGUGCUAAAGCAGGGCUCAAAUCAAGCCAUCCGCUUCUUCGUCAUGACUUCCCUGCGCAACUGGUACCGAGGGGACAACCCCAACAAGCCUAUGAACCCACUAAUCACCGGGGUCUUUGGAGCUAUUGCGGGCGCAGCCAGUGUCUUUGGGAACACACCUCUGGACGUGAUCAAGACCCGGAUGCAGGGCCUAGAGGCACACAAAUACCGGAACACAUGGGACUGUGGCUUGCAGAUCCUGAGGAAUGAGGGGCUCAGGGCAUUCUACAAAGGCACUGUCCCCCGCUUGGGCCGGGUCUGUCUGGAUGUGGCCAUCGUGUUUAUCAUCUAUGAUGAGGUGGUAAAGCUGCUCAACAAAGUGUGGAAGACAGACUAAACCCAGGGAGUGGGUAUGGGGGCUGUUCCAGGCCACCUCCUACCACCUGCACCUCAUAUGAUUCCAGUGCAGUCGUGCCAAAAGGCCCCCUUCCUAUCCCAAGUUCUGUGGCCAUGGUAGCCAUAGUAUUCCAUAGUGCUAUGUCUCCCCCUAUGGUCUGUAUGUGAUACUGCCAUUGUGUCUGCUUGUCCAGUCUGGCCACUGUUGGGUAUCACUCUUACCGCGAAUCUAUGCCCACUUGUCCAUGUGCUUAUUCGAGAGCAGUGUACCUGUGUUUCAUGUUCUGUGUUACCCUUGCACCUGCUUCCCUAGGUGCCUGUGUGGCCUGGGUCCACGGCCCCGUAGCCAUGGCCCGGUCUCAGUCCGGUGCCUUCCACCCUGGGCAGCAGGGGCACCCUGCCCUGGCCUACCACAGCUGCCUCCAGGCCUCAGCCUGGACUGACCGCAUUCCAGGGGCUGUGUGCCCCCUGCUUUUCCCGCCACUGGCCUUAACUGGCCCUCGGGCCCUCCCACCCAGGACAGGGUGGCACCCGCCACUCUCAGGACCACCCUGCCAAGGCAGAAUAAACCGGAUCCUGUUGCAGCCUCC